AAAAUGCUUCUUGAAAUAAAAACCGCAUAACUUCAAAACCGCAUAAAAAGAGGACCGAGUGUAUAUCCUCACCAUAGUGAAAGAAGAAUUCUAGGAUUGCAAAUAUCAUGAAGUUCUAUUGCUGCGAAGAUUGUUCGGAUGACAAUGAUGAAAUUUUACUUGACUUCUUCUGCGAUUUGUUCUGCGAAGACGAUGAUGAGACAACGACCAAACCUCCUGUUACCGUUACUACUAGUACUACAGUCGCGCCACCCUCUGAAACCACAAAGCCACCUCUAAUAACCACUGCAAAUGUCCCUGAUGCACCACAACCAACUACAACAACAACAGCUAUGCCUUGAUUUUUAAAUUACUAACUAUAAAUAUUUAUAAAUUGGGAAUAUAAGGUAUGGUUGU